CAAAUCGAUAACCAUUUCGCGGUACUGGUGCCCUCUAAACCCUCUUAAAAAGAGCACUAUUUUCCCGAAUACAGUACAUUUUGAGUGUUUUUCGGAAAAUUUUCGGGAUUUUUGAUCACUUUUUUUGGGAUUUUUCCGAUAUUUUUGGUUUUGGAAAUUUUGGAAAUUUUUGGCAAUAACGUAGUUCAGUACAGUACAGGGAACUUCUAAAAUUAAAAUUUUUUUUUUCAUUUUCUGCAGGUUUUAGUAUUUUUUAGACAGUUUUUUUGGUAUUUUUCCAAUUUUUUCGCCAGAUUACGGUACCACUUUGUAAUUUUUGGACUAUUUUGGGCAACUUUCCACUGUUUUUCUGUACUUUGCAAUUUUUUUUGGAACUUUUUUCGCAAGUUGUAUGAUUAUUAUUUAACGACAUUUUUUAGUACUUUUGGUAAAUUUUCAUAGAUUUUCCUAAAAAAAGUACACAUAACCUAAGAGGGAGAAGAUUGAGAGAACCCCCGUGCUCAAUGAGCUCACCAUUUCUCCAAACAGACCGCUGCCCUCCACAAAUCGAUAACCAUUUCGCGGUAUUGGUGCCCUCUAAACCCUCUUAAAAAGAGCACUAUUUUCCCGAACGGAUUACAUUGCUCCAGUGGUACGUUGCAUUUCUUGCGUCUUACCGUCCAGACUCACUCGAUGCGAUGCACUAUGUAUUUUCGAUAUGAUCUUUUUCGUUUUUUUUUCCACAACUCUUGCACUUUAUGGAAAAUUGUGGUGGAUUCGUGUUUUUAAAUCAUAACCUUAUGUUGUUUACUACUGAACCCUUGAAAAAUUUCCAUAAACGUAUGUCUAAAACCCUAUAAUUUGAAAAAAAAAAAAAAAAAUUGAAAAUGCACUGCUAGUUUUCAAACUGUUAUCGUUGUUUGGCUUUAUUAAAUCAGGAAAAUUUUUCAAAAAGUUCAUACGACUUGAAUCGAUAAUAAAAAAUGGCCAAUCCUCAAAUUCCACAGGUAUUCAAAAUGAAAAAUAAACUGGAGAAGCCAAAGGCUAUUAGCAAAGAAGAACGAGAUCUGGAAUCACUAAUGCUAAUUUUGAAGAGAUCCAUAUACAAUUUGUACGGAAAGGUGAUACAAGAUGGGAAAAAGACAGUGGAUGACCAUUGAUUUCAAGGAUAUCGUGUUAGAACGGAAGGAUCAGAAAGAUGAGACAUUUUCCGAUUGCCUAAGGAUGCGUUCUAUACAACGUCAAAAGUCAGAGUUUACGGAAGAAGAAUACACUAGAAGACUAGCCAGUGUAAGCUUGGUCAGGGAAUUCAAAACGAAAACACAGAAAAAAGAAAGUAAGAGCUUUAAUUUGGAGCAGAUGGUGUUGGAAUUAAAGGAUAAAGUGGAGAAACUGGAAAAACGGAUCAAGGAGUUGGAAGAGGCAGGAAAACGCAAAAAUGUUCCUUCCGGGCAGACUCUAUAAGCAACAUCAGAUCGGAAUCUCAAAAAGUUGGAGCUGGAACCGGCUCGGAGCAAGCAGUGAAUAUCGAAUCGGAUGACCAAAUCAGCGAUAUUUCCGUUGUUAGUCAAGAUGGUGACAGCUCCGUUGGAAGUGACGUGGAUUGUCUUGAAGAUGAUCUGGAUGAAGUUAUGAAACAAUAGCUAACAUUGUAUUUGAAAGUAUGUGAUUUUCUUCUCUCUUAUCUUUCGUCUGGUCUAACAAGUUUUAUGAUAAAUUGAC